GUGUGUUAUGUAAUAUAAUGUUUAUCUAGACUUAGAAGUCCUUGUGGAUUUUGCUUUGGAAAAUAUAUUUUUGUAAAUUGAAGCUAAGGUUAUUUUUCAUUCACUUGUGCCCGUUCCCCACCCCCAACCAUCGGCGGAGUUAGCAGAGACCGCCCCCCUCUCCUCUCUCCCCGGCAGCCUCCGCCUCUCUUCCCUGAUCUAUCUUCCACACCGCUGUUGUUGCAGCCAUUUUACCGAGGAGCGACAGCACAGCGGCGACCGGAGGAUGCCGAGGCGACACCGUUAAAAGGACUGCAAACAUGGCUGGCACAGAGCGAGGUCCCAUGGUCGGCCGGCCCUCUGCAUUCUCCAAUGAAGAGCGGAGGGCGGUUCACUCCUGGUCGCGGAUAUCGUCGGCGGGCCAUAACGUCCUCCUGGAUGCUCUAAAGAUCCUCAGCCCCAUGUCCCAUGACCUCUCGAGCACGGAGGACCUGGUCACCUUCCUGCAAGAGCUGGGUGAGGAAGGCCACAAGCCCACCGUGCUGCGCAGCAAGGACGUGUACGGCUACCGCUCCUGCACAAACCAACCCCUGACUGAAGACAUGCUGAAGCCACCCAACAGGAACCUCAGACCUACUGCCAAGAGAAGGGGAAAGAAGGGACUGGCCAAAAAGAGAGAGGUGCACCCGUCCUGGAACACCUCUGAGAGGAGCAACCCCAGGAUUCAAGGGGUCCGCCCUCCAGAGCUGCUGGUGGACCAGCACUCCAUUGUCUGCAGCAGGACCCCCAUUCGGACUGUAGAGAUGUCACAAGCGCUGCAGUUGCAGCCGUGUCUCAGAUUGACCAACAUUGAAGGCCUGACGGGCUUCCACACAGCAAGGCUCCAGAUCCACACUAACUGGGACUCGUCCUCUGGGGCGCCCUCUGUUGGCUUUUCACAGCAACAGCACCCCCCAACACUUUCAGGAAUACCUUUGCAGCCUUCUCAGAAUGGUGGUGGGGCGCCCACCAAAGCUGUGGCCUUGUUCAGCCAGAAGAGCCUGUCCUGUCCUAUCCGACUGGACGGUGCCCUCAUUGGAGAUUCUGCACCGGUUUUCUACGCUAACGGUCGGGUGUUUCCACAGACUCAUACAGAGCUGACCAGUAACGGCUGGAGGAGCAAUGGUUUCCCCCAGGACGGUCAGAGCCCCAAGGAACUAGACAUCCUGACCCGGCAGAGAAACAGCUGGAAGGACAAGAACAGUUUUAGAUGGAAAGUGAUAAAGGUGGAUGACUCUCGUUCCGUGGCUGAUGCCCGCAGAAAAGCGCAAAAGAUCCUACAGGUCAAUCUGUCUCCGGUGAUUCAGAUCCAACCUCUGAACCAUGUGCUUAGAGACUUCAGAUACCAGAACAAGUGACAAUUCUCCUCAAACCUACACACACACACCAUGUCCUUCAGCAGAUGUUAGUGUUCUACAUCCAUUAGCCUCUUCCUGGCUGAGCCCCAGUGUUCAUAGCAGACAUCGUACAAGGGUUUUUAUGAUCUCUGCUGGGUGCUGGAAGUAGAGUAGUUAGUUUGUCUGUGGAGGAUCAGGUUCAGGGGCACCUGAGAAUGAAAGGCAUUUAAAGUUAGGUGAUGCUUUUCCUAGCAGGCUGGGAAAGGACUAUCAACUGAAUGCUGGUACAUUAUCACUGUCAACAUUAGUUUAUGCCACACAAAACUUCAACCAACCAUCAUUCUGCCUUGAGUUGACUGGUGGCUAGCUGAUAUUUCUGAUGAAUUUAUGGAUGCAGCAUCCACUGUGGCUGUUGUGGUGAAUUUUCUGCCCUUCGAUAAUGUGCUGGGUGUGGCUUGCAGGUGUUCAAAGAGUAUUUAUAACUAAUUUGAAGUAUAGCACUGUUUGUUAAAAAAAAUUUUUUUUUUUUUUACAUGUAGCGAUUAAAAACAGUGCUGUCACUGCGGCACCCCUUUUUUUCCACUGUAACGAAGAAGGAAAUAAAGUUAGUGGUGGGAUGGGACAAUCCUUUCACACCCAGAUGAACUGGUGGAUGAGCAAGGCGGGUUUGUUAAGUCUUCAGAUGAGCAGAUGUGGUGGUUGGUUGGUCCAGCAAAACAAAUAAACUAAACAAAAAGAGGGAAUAAGGAAAGUGUUUAGUUUGUCUUCCUUUUUUGUAUUUUGUUGUUUCCACUGGAAAUCAGGAAGGCUCUUGGAGUUAGUCCAGGAGGGAAUCAAACCCACGGCACACAGAGAUAGAUAAAUAACUGGCUGAUUAGUUUGAACUACAGUCCUUCACAAAGUGUUCCUUGGUUUAGUUUAUCCACACAUGGAGAAAAACAAUGGAUUUAAGAGUUUUUUUGACAGUUGGGAAUAUUUGAUGGCUUUCAGUGACAAAAUAUGAAUCAAUGAAAGCAGCUGCAGAAAAAUAAGGUCUGAUUCUGCUCAAAAUGGACUUAUCAAAUAAAUGUCUCUACUAAACAGGUAACCAACUGUCAAUCCAAGUCCUAAUGUAAGACAUUUGUUUGGCUGAUUCAAAAAACAUUUGUGGUGAAAUUUGUUAACUUGAGGUACAGGCCUGUUUGUUUCCUGACCAGUUAAGUUUGAAACUGCAACACAAGAAAGUUGGAUCUCCCAUCAGAACUCCUUUGUGCUCUGUGAGCUCUGAGGUGACAAAGAGAAUCGCCCAACAAAUUCUAUUUAGUAGUUUCUUGAAUUCAUCAGCUGCGAUCAGACUGUUCUGACUCCCCUUAAAACAAAGAAAAAUGCACUUUGAGGUUGUGACAGAUUCAUUGGAACCUGUUCACGAAAGUCAUUAAUAUUUUUAUUUGCCGCAACAUGGGGAAAAUAUUUGAAAUAAUAAUUGAAAUUCUUUUAAUUUGAUUUAGUUUAUUUUGGACCUACAUUGGUUUUUGCUACAGGUGCUAACUUUGCAAUGUUGGUGCUCAAUGAAAUGACUGGCACAAGAAUGUCAUCCUGUUUCUCCUUUACCAGUUCAAAUUGGAGCAUUGAGUGACUUCCUGUGAGUUAGUCUCUGAGGGACUGAUAGCACUGCUGCCCCCUGCAGGUUGGGAUGCCAAACCACCUUGUGUGCUUUCCAAAGGGUUUCUAUUGUGAGGACCCACCUUGAAUCCAUUUUCAUGUUAUCUGUGAAAAACUCCUGUGUAUUCCCCUCAAAAAAAUAGUUUGAGAUGUUUGGGCAAAAUAUCAUUCCAUGAGAAUAAAUUAUUGAGUGCUAACAUUUUUAUUUUUUGACAAAUACAAUUUUUUUUUCUUUGACAAACUCUUACCUCGUAGUCUACUUAUUAGCUUUUCGUGGAGCUUUUACUGAUCUCAAGCCCAUUAAGUACAGAUAAAAGCUCCAGAAAAAGCCAGUAAGUGGACCUUGACAUUAGAAAUAUUGACUAAUUAAGCAGCCAGAUCUUCUGAGGUCCAGAUAAAACAACUAAACCACCAUCAGGUCAGUAAAUAAGGUCUUGUGUUUCUAAAACCAGGAAAAAGACAAAAAAAAAAACUGGAUUUCCAAACAUUAAUCACAGGUUUAAACAUUGUGUGCUCUGUUGCAGGCUGCAGAUUUGCUGUGAAAAUCUGCGGUUUUUGGUUUGAAGGCCAUGCACUGUUCUCAAAUAUGAAAACUGUUCCGCUUUUGAAACUGAGACCACAUCAGUGUUUGGUGAUCGGCUUUACAGAUUUUCAUGUCCGUAAUCUGAUGAAUUUUAUGUUCUGGAGGAAUCUUUGUUUCUUCGCACCCCUUUAAGACCUGUCUGUAUGCGGCCAUGUUCAUGCCCACCGACAACUCCCUUUUGUAGAUCUUUCUGUUUGUCUUGUUUGUGCAACACUUGUAUAAUAUUGUAUUUCCUACAUGAUCUUUAAAAAAACGUUUUUGUUCAAUAAAACUGAUCUGAAAAGAA